GUGUAGCUCCCAAAGACUUUUAUAUAUUAGAUAAUAUAUAUAGGCCAUCGAGUAAUUAUCAAUUUCCUCGAGAUCUUUCCAAAAGGAAAUUAAAAUUCCGUUGGUUUACAACUUGGUCUUGGUUGGCCUAUUCACCUUCACAAAAUGGUGCCUAUUGUAAAUAUUAUGUUUUAUUUGGGCCAAAAUAUGCUGGUAAAGGUGAACAAAAAUUAAGGCGGCUGGUGAACGGCCCAUAUAGACGUUGGAAAGAUGCAUGAGAGAACUUUGAAAAUCAUCAAAACAAUUUAUACCAUAAAAAUACACAAAAUAUUAUAUCUUCUCUAAGAGCAAUUAAUGCUAAGGAUAGAGAUUCAAUAAUUCAGAUAAUAGAUCAAGGUAAAAAAAAAUUAGUAACUGAAAAUAGAAGAAAAAUAUCUCCUAUAAUAGAUGCUAUAAUUACAUGUGGAAAUCAAUGCAUGGCAUUGCGAGGGCAUCGAGAUUCCGGUUCUAUAUUUAAUGAUGAUGCAAAUGAAAAUGAUGGGAAUUUUAGAGCUAUUCUCCGAAACCGAGCAAUUGGAGACGAUGAGCUAAGACUCAAUUUAUUGAAUGCACCCAGAAAUGCUACAUAUUUAAGCCCCUCUAUUCAAAAUGAAAUAAUAGAUGUGUGCAAUGAUUUAAUUUUAAAAAAAGUAGUAGCAAAUAUUAAUAAUUCUCCUUUCUUUUCAGUCUUGGCCGAUGAGUCAACAGAUAUAUCUGGGAUAGAGCAGAUGUCGUUGUGUGCUCGGUAUUUAUAUUCUGAAAAUGAUGAAGUUCAAAUAAAAGAAGACUUUUUGCAAUUUAUUCCUGUUCAAGAUAUGAGAGGGGAAUCUCUUGCAAACACAAUUGAUUUACAUCUUAAAAAAUUUAAAAUCAAUGUCAAUUCUAUGCGGGGACAGGGAUAUGAUGGUGCCCCUGCUAUGAGUGGACAUUUAAAUGGUGUUCAAUCACAUUUAAUAAAGAAAUACCCUACAGCGAUAUAUGUUCACUGUGCGUCCCAUUCCCUUAAUCUAGCUAUUUCUGAUUGUUGCUCAAUUCCUGUUAUUCGUAGUACCAUGGGCACAAUAGGCAAAGUUUAUGAUAUGUUCAAGUAUCCUAAAAGAUCUAAUGUCCUCAAGAAUUGUCUGGCAAAGGAAGAAUUUGGGAAUAGUCACCAUAAACUGGUCAAAAUAUGCCCAACACGAUGGAUAUUACGUCAUGAAUCAGUUUCAGUUUUUCUUGAAUUAUUAGACCCAAUAAUUGUUGCAUUAGAGGAAAUACAUGAAUGGACCGAUACGUCAGUGGUGGCGGAGGCUAAUGGAAUAUUGAAAGCAAUUCAAGAUCCAGAGUUUUUAUUGGCAAGCCUUGCAAAAAGUUAAUCAAGAUAUGGUUCAAGCAUUGAUCUUAGCAGAAGAUGCAUAUGAUACUAUUUUAGAAAUAAGAAAAAAUGCUGAUUGUGAAUUUAACAAAAUUUUUAACAUCGUUCAAAAAAAAGUGCAUUCAUAUAAUAUGAUGAUAAUCAUGCCAAGAAUUGUAUCGAGGCAAGUACAUAGGAGUAAUAUAUCCACUCAAUCGGUAGAGGAGUAUUACAAAAUUACGAUUUUUAUACCACUUAUGGAUACAUUUUUAACUCAAAUUAAAGAUCGCUUAUUGAACCAUAAGCUACUACUCAAUAACUUACAGAUUUUAUUAUCCUCUAAUCCAUCUAUGAGCAUCUCGGAUGAUAUUAUAAAUAAAAUUCGCUAUUUAUAUAAUUUUUAUUUCCAAGAUAUGGUAGGGAGCGAAUUGGAAGUAAUUGCUGAAUUUAAAUAUUGGUAUGCAAACUUGAAAAGAAUGGAUAUUAAGCCUGAUAAUGCACUAAAUGCACUCAAUAUAUGUAAACACACACUAAUAGACUUUCCAAACAUUACGAAAUUCUUUCAAAUUUUAGCAUGCCUCCCCAUUACGACAUGUACAAAUGAAAGAACUUUUUCAAAUUUACGACGACUAAAAACAUAUUUGCGAAAUACUACCUCUCAAAAUCGAUUAAAUGGUUUAGCGCUAUUAAAUAUUCA